AUGGCCGCUCCUCGCCUCUCUCCCGAGGAGCCAACAACCACUCAACGGUCUCACUAUGAAAUCCUCGGCCUCAGCCCCGCCAUGCUCAACGACUCCUCCUGCAACCAAGAUCCCUCGCCUCUCAUAAAACGCGCCUACCACCGCGCCCUCCUGCGCAACCACCCCGACAAGGCCAAGCCCGCACCCCCCCCCUUGCCCCCCCGCCAAAGUACCGCCCCCAUCUACACCGUCGACCAGAUCGGCCAGGCCUUUGCCGUCCUCUCCUCCCCCGCCCGCCGCGCCGCCUACGACGCCUCCAUCCGCCUCUCGCUCACCCGCCCCGGCUCCGCCCCGGCGCAUUUCCACACGGGCGUCGAGAACGUCGACUUGGACGACCUGCUCUUUGACGACGAUGAGCAGCGCUGGUCCCGCUCCUGUCGCUGCGGCAACGACCGCGGCUACUCGUUUGACGAGGCCGACUUGAUGGACGCGGCCGACGACGGGCUGCUCAUGGUGGGCUGCCAGGACUGUAGUCUGUGGUUGAGAGUCCACUUUGCCGUCGUAGAAGAUGCAGAGCCCAGCGCGCCUGAGAAUUCGACGACUUGA